AUGAAAUUCAUCACUAGCGAAUGGAAUAAAACGCCGCACAAGACCCUUUUCCUUGGUGAUUAUGUUGACCGUGGACAAUUCAGUUGUGAGACUCUUUUGACACUUCUUUGUCUCAAAGUGAACAGUCCGACGGAUGUGUAUUUACUUCGUGGGAAUCAUGAGACUCGAGGGAUGACGGAGAAGUUUGGGUUUAAGAAUGAAUGUAUUUGGAAAUACGAUGAUGCGGUUUACAAUGCGAUACUUUCUUUAUUUGAUUGUCUUCCAUUGGCAAUAGUCCUUGACUCUGACAUUGGCCGAUUCUUCUUAUGUCAUGGAGGGCUUUCCCCUGACCUCGACGUCAUCACACAAGUCGUUUCUAUCAACCGCUUUUGUGAACCGCCUCAUGAAGGGAUCUUCUGUGAUUUAUUAUGGUCUGAUCCAUUGUCUGAUGAUUACAUUGAGGACAAUCCCGACUGUGAGGAUAAGUGUGAGGAUAUCACUUAUCUUGACAAUGAGAUGCGAAAUUGCUCGUACAUCUAUGGGAAGAAGGCAAUCAGUCAAUUCAACGCAACAAAUCAGAUCACUUCGAUUGUUCGUGGACAUCAAUGUGUGAACGGAGGUAUUCAAAUGGAAUUCUUCGGAGGAGAAAAAGAGGGAAAUCCACUUGCCUUCACUAUAUUCUCAGCUCCGGGUUAUUCAAGACGAAAUAAAGGCGCCGCUAUGCUCAUACAAAACUCGGGAAUUAAUGUGAGAGUGUAUACCCCCUCAUGCCUCCAAGACGACUUCAAACCGUUACUCGCAAAUGCACUCAGAAAAACAACUCAGGAGAUCGUUUCAAAUGUCUCAAACUUCGCGUCCGAUUUCGUCCAAUUUGCUUUCGCGUCGAGAAUCACAUCAGAUGAGGAAAAAUCAGUCAUCGACUAUAAAGGUCUUGUCAAUGCCGUUGGCGGCUUUGUUGAGAAACCAAAGAAGAAAGUUAUGAAACCAGUCAAAAUGAAUCUGGGAAGUACAAAACCUACCAAGAAAUUGUCGGCAAGUAGUUCCGGAAUAAAAAUGGAAAGUAAAAAGAAGGUGUCCCUUGCGGCUUCCGUUGCAACUGAGAAACCAACUAGAUGUUUGUUUUUAUAUUAUAUAUUAUAA